CACAACAGUCGGGCACGCUUCUUUAUCGAAAUUUUAGAGAAGAUAAGGUAUUCAAAUAUAUCUUCAAACUCCGUCAUCAUCACAUCGAUCCUCAAAUUACAUCCAAAAAUCGUGUAAUACGCGGUGCAGUGCUGCAAAGCCGGGGAAAGUGCAUUGGAUCACGCCACAUUCAGUGCAGUUUCCAAAUUUUGUCCCACCUCCCCCAUUGACUCAAUCCAUUGUGCGGCGGACGGUACACGCAUUGAUGCAUCGGUAUUAUCACUGGCGCCUCUAACGCGAGUCCAACGGGUCGUUUGGGCUGAAGACCGGAUGGGUAUCCUCUCCAGUCCAUCCUCCUCCGCAGGUAAAGCGACGCGACAUUUAGAAAAGUCUCCGCGUUCACGUGACCUUUGAGUCUCAGACCCUUUUGUCAAAAUUUGAAAUCAGUGGAAGAUCCCCACUGAAUGGAGAACACAGCUCUGAGUUGAUGGGAAACUGAAUGGUGGAACCUUUACUCGGGACUUCGGAGAAAAGCUGUUAAUUUUACAAAGUCAAGAUGCCUCGUUGUAUUCCAAGACACAUUUUCAACCAGAUCGUUUCGUCGAUCACAGCGUUCCUGACCCUCCUGCUCUCGGGGAUCUGGCUGGGAUGGAUGUCGGCGGUGCUGCCUAAGUUCCGCGGCGGCGAGAUCCCCAUCCCGAUGACGACGGACGACCUGACCUGGACGGUGGCGCUCAUGGACUUCGGCAACCUCCUCAGCCCCAUCCCGACCGGCUACCUCAUGGACCGCUACGGCCGCCUCCUCACCCUCCGGCUGGCCAUGCUCGCCUUCGUCGCCGCCUCCGCACUCGUCUUGGCCGCCUCCGCGCCCUACCACCUCUUCCUGGCCCGGCUCCUGGCCGGCGUCGGGAAGGGCGUCGGCUUCACCGCGGCCACCCUCUACGUCGCCGAGAUCGCCGGCGCCAAGAUCCGCGGCGCCCUCUCCGGCGUCUUCAUCGUCAUGCUCAUGGGCGGCACCGUCGUGAGCAUGACCGUCGGGCCCUACGUCUCCUUCACGACGCUCAACGUCAUCACGGCCGUCUGCCCGGUCGUCGGGCUCUUCCUCACGCUCUUCAUCGUCGAGUCGCCGUACUACCACCUCAUCCGCGACGACCCCGCCGCCGCCGGCGAGGCCUUCGCCCGGGUCCGCGACCAGUCCAAGGGCGCCGCCAACGAGGCCGAGUUCGCCCUCGUCAAGAGGAAGGUCGCCGAGGAUAUGAGCGGUCAGAAGAGCAUCCUUAACUUGUUCACUGAGAAAGGUAACCGAAGAGGUUUGAUCAUCAUCCUAGUGCAAGGGUUCCUACAACGUUCCGGCGGGAUCAGCUGCAUCCUGGCCUACGCUUCGACGACUCUGCCGAGUGACUCCUUCUGGCAAGGCAAGAUCUCCGUCAUGGUGUUCUCCUGGAUAAUGGUCGUCUUCGGGCUGGUCGCCCUCUCCCUCGUCGACCGUUUCGGGCGCAAACCCCUCCAUCUCAUCUCCUGCGUCGGCCUCACCCUCGUGACCGGCGUCUCUGCCGUUUACUACUACUUCUACCAGAAGACUGAGGUGGACGUCUCGCAGUUCAUGUUCGUUCCCCACGUGGGCGUGGUGCUCUUCGGGGUGUUCUACCCGGUCGGCGUCGGGCAGAUCCCGCACACCCUCCAGAGCGAGCUGUUCCCGACGAGCGUCAAAGGCCAAGCUUCGGCGCUGAUGACCAUGGCCCUGGCCAUCUCCUCCUUCAUCGUGAACAAGGUCUACUUCGCCGUCGACCGCGGCCUCGGCGUCUACUUCAUGUACCUCAUCUUCGCCCUCAGCAACUUCCUCAGCAUGGUCUUCACCGCCUUCUACGUCUUCGAGACCAAGGGCAAGACACUCGAGGAGAUUCAGCAUUUCCUCAAAAAGUAAAGUAGAACUCCACGCUUUCUGGGACUCAAGCAGAUGAGCUCUCGUGCGCGUCAACGUCACGGAAUCGUGUAUAAAGGACGAGUUCAUGCUCAUCCUUCCCUCAGAAACACCUCAUCUCAUCUGAAGAGGUGACGCUAGGUGACAGUUUAUGAGCCAAGGAAACUCAAUUAGAGUACAAUUGGACGACAUGUUAUGUUGUGUUCACAUUGCGCUUUAUUUAGACGUAUUUAUGAUAAAAAGAACUAUGUGCAUAGGGUUUGCGUUGUGUGUAACAUAGUUCCUUUUAGCAUAAAUACGGCCAAUUCAUACCCUGUCCAACGGGUCGAUUGUUGAAUCGUUAUCGAAUGAGCUCGAUUGAUAACUGCCUGUCUUCACUAUGCUGUAGAUCGAUCAAGGUCAUUCGAUAACGAUUCAACAAUCAACUCGAAAAGGCCCAUUUUGCAAAGUAUCACGUGAAAAUUCGACGUCUUCCGGACAAAGGAACGUACCUCCAAUCCAAGGUUGCCAAAUCGACUAAACAAUUAAUUUAUUUAACAAAAAUGUACCUGUGCGAUUUUCAUUUAAUUCUGUUAUGAAAUCUGAGGAAGAAUCAAAGAAAUCUUCAGUUAGAAAUGCCCAGGAUUCUCCUGGUUGAUAUGCAAUUUGCAAGGGGUUCGGGUUAGGAUGGAUUUAAGUUCUUCCCUGGGGGAAACUACACAUUGCUACUUUACUCAAGGGUGGUUGCAUAUCCUUUAGGAAUUUUCUGUGAAUUUUCUUCGGAAUCCGUCGAAAAUUUGCCGAAAAUUUCGUCGUGUAGAUUUAUUAAAAAAAAAAAACAGUCAAGUAAAUCUUUGAAACGUUGCAAUGCCCUCUGGAUCUCACUCUUUCGUAUUUUUUACAUAGUGAGUUCCGAAGAGACUGCCUAUUUCCAGAGACCAUCUUCCGAUGAUUGCUUCUCAUUUAUUGUAGUUACUAAGUUAUUCUAACGACUGUCAGGAAAAAUUAGAGGAACUGGCCUCACGGCCGGCGGUGCCCCUAAGAUAAGAGCAUACAAGAAGUAUGAGCAGUAGUGAGUGUUCUUUUAAUUAAGAUCGUUCAAUAAAAUCAUUUCACAGUCGGUAUUUAGGGGGGAAAUAAAAGGAGCUUUGCAAUGUAAAUACUCAGGUCAAAUACAUAUUUUUAGUGUACCUUGAAGACUGAUUUCGAUUGUAACGGAUAUAUUUUCUUAUAUUGUAUUGAUAGAAUUUCAAUAAAUGAAUAUUUUUUCAAGGUGAACAAA